GGAAAGGUGUACAUACCACAAGAUUACUGACCAAUAAAUAGCCAGAGGUCAGUACUGAGCACGUUAUUUGACAUGUGAGAAUGUUAUAAAACACACCGUACGCUUGUUUACUAACAAAACAGUUUCGCAUAAAAACGUGACAGUCACAAAAGCACGCACGUCAUUAGAUGCAAAAUAUAUUAAUAUGAGAAAGGGAACUGUUUCAUUUAGGAAAAGGAAACGUAUGACAGCAUAACAGGUUUUAAAGGUUUCGGCACCUCGCAACAUCAACUAUGGGUCACAACACAGUGUUGUUAGUUCUAACCUUGCUGGUGCCAUGUUUCUUCAUUGUGACAAUAGUUUUCAAUGCACUGAGCGGCGCUGAUACAGAUUUGUAUGUUUCGGAUACGGGGACAAUAUCCGACAAAUAUUACAAUGAGAUAACUCCUGCAGGAUGGACCUUCAGUAUAUGGGGCUUUAUUUACACGUGGCAGGCACUUUGGAUAGUCUACGCAUUAGUAAACCUCUUUCGCAAAUCAGAAAAGGGUCCUUAUUACACGUACCCUGUGCUACUUCCGGUGCCAUAUCUGGCCAGCUAUCUCUUGAACUUGGGGUUCAACUGUGGAUGGAUGGUUGCGUUCGAUAGGGAAAUACUAGAACUCGCCUUGGCACUUCUGUUUCUCAUUACGGUUACUCUAUAUGUAUGUCUGUUCUUCUCAUACAGAAAUCUAAAUAGAGGUAUAGACAUUUUGAUCAAACAGGAGCGAAAAUCUGACGUCUGGCUAACUCGGUUUUUGGUGCAAAAUGGACUCAGUAUGUACGCCACAUGGUGCACCAUUGCGACUCUUCUCAAUUUAGCAUUUGUUCUCACAUAUCGCUCUUCACACGACAUUGGCCAACAGAACGCUUCCACCGUCAGUCUCAGUAUAUUGUCGGUCGCCAUUGUAGCAUUUUUAGUAGCAGACUGGGUUUUCUUGGACCGGUACACGCGCUACACAUUCACUCCUUACAUCGUUCUCGUCGUCGCCUUUACCGGAAGUAUAGCGAAGAACUACGAAGAAGGCGCAAGAAACACGAUAUUUACAAUUGUUCUGUUAGCAGUGUCUGGGGCGGCUGCACUAGUAAAGAUCGUUUUACUGUUUUGGAGACAUUGCAGAAAAACAGAAGACGGAGUCAAAAUAACUGAAACUGAGGGAAUAAAAGUUUAAACUUACAGUUUUAACGAAAACCAAGAAACGCAUAAUAUAUGACUUAGAAUUGUUGUAGAAUGUUGAGAAUAGAGAGACAAAGCAUAUCAUUUUCAGAAGAUGACUGCAUUAAGUUUUCAUUUAGGGUCUAAAUGUCGCAAGAAAUGUGUUUGUUACUUUGAUGAUUUUUUUUUAACCUGAAGGUGCUGUAAUGUUUAUUUUUUUUUACUACAACCACAUUUCCAUUUGUAUGUGCGUAAAUGUAUAUAUGUAAUUGUUCCGUUUCUUUGUUGUGUUCUUCCAAGUUUGAGUUUGUAAAGAAGUAAACAAAAUCUCUCAUCACUGUUUUUCGUCAAGGACUCUGCUGGUAUUUGGAAUCUCAGUUUUAUUUUCCAUCCAUGUUUCUUUCGCUUUCAAAACUUGCCCUCCUGAUAGCUAGCAAUAUAGAUAAAAUCUGUAAUACUCUGUAUUCCUUUUCCGUCAGUUAAGUCGGAAUAUUUUACUUGUAACAAUUGUAACAAGCUUACUCAAGUUGACGAUAGCUUUCAAGCAACG